UUCACGACACAGCACCUCCACGUCUUAUUUGGCGGCCCCUCCAUCCUCCCUGCGCACACGUCUCCCGCUGGCCACACAGAAGAGCCCACGCCGCCGCCAUGGCGUCCUCAUCCGUGUACUACCAGCAGAACGGGAACGGCUUCUCGGAGAAGCCGUUGUACAAUGGCCUCCCAACGCAUUCCACUGCAGUCCGCGAAAAGUGGCACAGACACCACCAAACAUCCUCCUGGUUGCUGCCGCUCUCCCUACCUAUCCCCGGUGUGCGCACACGCCGCCUGCGGAUCAUGACCCCCAACCCUGCACGACUGCACCAAUUCUCCGUCACUCGAUUCGGUCGAAGAAGAGGGCCGCUUGUGCUGGUCAUCGGUGUCCUCGUCACCGUGUUCACCAUCUUUGCAUUACACAAGCGGUUCGCGACACCAGAAAAAAAUUGGCCGACGCUGUCCCCUGGGGACCCGCCCACGCUCGUGUACAAGCGCGAAGAUCUCCAGCGAAUAUGGGAGUGGGAGAUCGCCGCAGGGCACUAUCCAAGCAUUCAGAAGCUCCCUAAGCAAUUGGGCUUGUCUGCACCACCAUACAAUCCGGCGCUCCCUGCCAAGAAGUCCGCAACGAUACCCUCACGAUAUAGGUCACCUACCGCGACUGACACGAUCGGGACGGGUUCAAAGCGCGUCUAUCUCGACAUACAGGCCAAGCACCCCAAUGUUGCUUACCCGCCCAGACCAGUGUCGGGAAGUGUCGCGGAUCUGGACGCUGUGAUGGAACAUUGCGAGUUCCCCAAGAAGUACGUUCGAGAUUGCUUGGAGGUGCUUCGCAUAGGAGGUGGUUUGGACAACCAGGCGCGCCUCCGGAGAGGGAAGAUGGAUGACUGGAAAUACAUAUACCUCGAGGAUGGGCCAGCGGACAACGUCACAGAGUCCGACGCUAUCAGACCGAACUACCCCCACAAGGCCCACGCUGACUCGGACGUCAGCUCAGACUUCCCGAAGAAGCGCGGUGCCGAAUGGGAAGCAUCUUUGCGGUUGUCCACACCCCCGAAGUAUCGGCCUUACAAGGACCAGCCUGCUUCGUGUGACGACGAGAACCCCCGCUUCUUCCAUAUGUUCUGGACUGGGCCGUUCACUGACAAGCCGUAUCUUGCUGUCCUGUCCUACCUGUUCACGCAGAACCUAGGGCUCCACCUCGACAACGACCACAUCGACCCGAAUGUCUGCCGCCCGAAAUUCAUUCUGUGGAUCAGUCCGGGCCCCGCUGCAGUGCCUCCCGGUCCCAACGCUUUGCGGGAGAUGUAUGAUGGUCUCAAGUCGAACCCAUGGGCGUCGCCGUUCCUGCAUCCACGAUUCAAGGAUGUCAUCGAGUUCAGGCUAUGGAACACUACGGAACAGCUGGAUGGUGUCCCCGAGCUCAAGGAUGAAUGGAGGGCCAUGCGCGAGAGUCUAUUCAACUCGGGAGGUUUCGUAGAAAAGGUACACGUCAACAACGCCGCAAAGGAGCUGACGACAGAGGUUGUCGCUGAUGACGAUGACGCGACUGUCGCCGCUGCCCCUGCACCGACCUCCGCUGGCCACGACGACAAGGUUAACCGCGUCGGUUCAAAAUCGGCUUCAGAGUAUGACAGGCUGUCCGUCAUUCUCUCGGACAUGGCGCGCUUCGUGCUCUGUCACCGAUUUGGCGGCAUCUACCUCGACGCUGAUACAAUCUUCCUCCGAGAUUGGGAGGAGUUGUGGGGCUGGCGUGGUGCAUUUGCCUACAGAUGGUCGCGCCUGGAGAAGUACAAUACUGCCGUACUCCGGAUGAACAAGAACUCCGCACUAGGCACGUUCCUCUUCCGGACCGCACUGAAGAACGGUUUGGACUUCCACCCGAUGACAGUCUCGCGGUACACGAGGGACGCGUACUUGGAAGGUCUCCUAUUACGCCUUCCAGAUGCGCUCUUCAGUCACCUCUUCGACACCCCUCGGGAUUUGAGCGCUGCUCCAGGCGCACUUGGGUUUGACGGCUUCUACAAAGGCGCCUAUUCAUAUCACUUCCAUAACUUCUGGUGGAGACCAUUUGAUCCGUCUCGCAACUGGCCUGACUUGGGCGAACGCUUCAUCAAUGGAGAGCGCAUCGCCCGUGCCACUGCCGCUGCGGAGUCCGGUCAGAUCAUUCCUGACCAAGAAGACGAUGUAGUCGGGAAUGACAAGCGCGACUUGGAUUGGUCGACCGUGCUGAAGCGGACGUUCGAGGCUUAUGUUCGUGGUGAGAGGCCGAACAUGUACGGCGAGUGGUUACGGUGGUGAGUCGCCCCUGGGCUGCGAUCAGCUAUGCUCCACGUCCGUCGGGCCUGGGGCUGUCGGCCUGGUGCGCGGAACCCGGGAGAGGUCCAUGCUGGCGUGGCGUUGCGGCCGUGUUGUGCGGUUAUGGCCUUUAGUGCGGGGUCGCUAUAGAGAACACCUAGCUUCGACGGCUCUUCUAUAAUGUCUCUUCGCUCUACCACUAGCUUUCUGUAAUGUACUGGAACUAUGACGCUCGUUUGGAUAUGCUGUGGCAGGACUGGACUACUAUUGGGGUUCAAUUUAUGUCGAGCGAGCAUGGGUUCAGUAGCACCUAAGUAUAAAUCGAGUAUGUUUAUGCAGUCGUCGAACAGUCUCAGUAUGUG